CGGAGGAUAUUCCAGCAGGAUCGCUGCUACAGGUAGAAUGUUCGUGACUAUGUUUGGAUAUCCAUCUAACUGCGAGAACAUGGGCAACUCUUAUCCCUGCACACUUUCAUUUGCCUGUUGGUUAGUGGGUGGUUCCAGUCAACCAGGCUGCGGUGCUAGCUCUUGGAUUAUAUCCUGUUGCGUCGUGACCAAGAAAAAGGCGUUGGCUGAGUUUCAGGACACUGGAGAUGACUUUCAGACAUUAGAAUCAAGGGAAGACGCUAUACCACUUUUACAGAAAAGGGCUGACGACUACGACGAUAGAGACAGCGAACAGUGUGGCGUCACUGCUGACAGAGCUUUUUCUAAAAGAAUCAUUGGCGGAAAGAAAGCUUUAUUUGGGCAAUAUCCAUGGCAAGCGUACAUAAAAAUUGCUACGUAUCAGUGUGGUGGAGUACUAGUGUCACGAAGAUUCGUAGCUACAGCAGCGCACUGUAUAAUAAACGCCAGAUUGAAGGAAAUUCUAGUUUACCUUGGAGAGUUAGAUACUCAAGACACAGGUGACGUAGAGGAACUAGCUCCAGCAGAACUUCACAGGGUAAAGAAAAGAAUAAUCCAUCCGAAAUUUCGCUACAGGUCUACGCAACCUGACCUGUACGAUCUGUCACUACUCGAGCUUCUAACGGAAGCUGGUAGGGCGUUCCACAUAAUCCCAAUAUGCCUGCCACAUUACACUAUUGACUUAGCUGGAAGAAGUGGAGUCGUUGCUGGUUGGGGAAAGGUGCAGCCAUCGAAUGAACUCAUAGGAACAAACGUUCUAAGAAGUGCUUCGGUUCCUUUACUAGAUAUCCACGAGUGCAUGAAAUGGCACACUCUGAAAAAGAUAUCGGUGGACCUUCGCGAAGACAUGGUCUGCGCAGGCCACCCUGAUGGAAAGUACGACGCCUGCCUCGGGGACUCAGGGGGUCCCCUAGUGGUACUUGAAAAUGGCCGAUGGACCCUCGUGGGCAUCACCAGUGCCGGGUUUGGAUGCGGAGAGCCACAUCAACCUGGUAUUUAUCAUCGCGUUCCUAUGACGGCUGAUUGGAUCAGGGCUGUGAUAAGCGGGAGAGGUUUUCAGGUUUGACUGAUAGAUUUUGAGGUAAAUGCAUUCAAAAGGUCUACAGUUUCGGAUGAUUAACCGCUGAUAAUAUUUUGGUGUGCUUGUUGUAAUAAACGUCUGACGUGUGGUCAAACUUUGCAGCGGAAAAAUGGGUUUUAGUCAGUCUAUGUUAAAAUAGGCACACACGUGCUGUUUUUCCUCAAGUCAAAACUGUGCAGUCAAGGCCUUGAGGAUUUCCUUCAAAUGCGGUGCCCCAUACACGGACUGAGAUUAUGCGUCAGUUAGUGACAAUCUACCGACAAUGAUGCUUUGGCGGUAAUUGGUUGGCUUAUGGUGAAAAAGCGAGCUAAAACUGGUAAAAUAAAGCAGCAGAGAAGUGUCUGGGCGAAGGAAUAGCUAAUAAAGAGAAGCCUGCUUUGGCGAAAAAUCGCCACGCCUGGCAACCCUGAGCGAUACUACCACACACGGCGAGUUUGGUCUGUUCAGGCCGGCCUGCGAAGUAAUCCCCAAUGGUUUUCCGAAUAAGAUUUUAUGGACUGUACAGUCCCCCGGCAACCUCAAGGUUUUCAUAUCACACCUUGAGGGAAACCUCAAGACCUGGACUGCGCAGUGCAAAUCUUGAGGAAAAACUAUAUGUGUGUACCUACCUUUACUUAUAAGCGUUUAAUUUGCAUUUUUUUGAUCAGAUUGCGACUAGAAUUUGACACAAAAAGGGUUUAAGUCGAAUCGCAGGACUGAUAAAUUAGAAUUUGAGUUAUCGCACAAAUAAUCUUAGAAUGAUUGGUUAGAAAUAUUUUUGUUAGAUACUGAAGCUGUGCAUCGAUUUUUUUGGCAGAGCUAUACAGUAUGCAACUGGCUGCCAGAAUCAUCGCAGAAUGACGAUUGAUGCACAGGACUGUAAGCACUUUUUCAGAUAGUCA